AUGUCUGGUUCGACUUGGGGCCCCGUGCUCCGUGACAUGCGUCUGCUUUAUUACUCAAAGAUACUCUCCAUUGUUCAAUAUGCUUCCCCAGCAUGGUUUUUUGCGAGCGAGCAUACAGUUCGUCAAGGGCAUGUAUUAAAAUCGUUGGCAAGGCGGCUUGAUAUGCUUCAAGGCAAAUGGCUUGCCAAAAUAUCGGGAGCUAUGAAAAAUACAACCAGGAUUGUUCUCCGAAAAGAGCUUCACGUCUUCCGCCUCUCUGAAUAUCUGCAGAUGAAGACAAUUUCUAAUCACGCCAAAAACUAUGACACAAAGCAUGCCCAAGAGAUUCGGACAGCAAGAUAUAGGGCUUUGCAACAUAACAUGUCACUGCAUCUAUUUCAUAAACUUGAUAUCCUGGCUCAACAGUUAAUAAAGCUGGCAAAGGGUCGGACUCAGUGUAUCAAAGAAAAUCUGGCCAAGGCGAAGGCCAAGAGAGAGAAGGAAGGCAAGGGUGAAGCGGCUCAAAACAGUACUGGCGAUGAAAAGGACCAAGAUAAGGAUAUUUGGGGCGACCCGGCCUGCGUGCAGGAGCGACGACUUGCCAUUGAUCAAACGGCAAAAGACAUUUUGAAUUACCGGGCAUAUCACGAAUGGGCUAGGUACCAAAAAAAGCAUCGGAAACGGCCGCUCCAAGAGCAAAUACUGGCCAUCAAAGAGCCCUGGAGCCUGAAAAGCUUAAAGUAUUACGACAAGCUCCGGACACGACAGGAGUGUACCAUGUUGCUACACUGCAGAACUGGAUUCAUUGGCUUACGAUCGCAUCUCUAUCGAGUCGGCAAAGCAAAGACUGAUCGUUGUCCUUAUUGUGAAAAUGGUCCGCAUUCUAUAGAGCAUCUUUUCCUGUUUUGUGGAGGCGGAGACAAAAAGGGUGUGGAAAUGGCGGAUGCCCAAAGAGCCUUAUACGCUAAUGUCGGCGAGGAACACUUCAAUCUAUCGGACAUUUUUCCACAUCACCCCGAAAAGGCGGUACAAUUUGCAAUUUCCACCUUUGGCAUUCCGCAAUUCUGCAAAGAUAAUUGGGAUGACAGCAAGAAACAGUCAUAA